CAUUUAUCGAAUGUGAUAUGAUUGGUCCGGGUGCAAUUCUUUACGAGGAUCUAUUUGGAGCCACCAUGGUGGUUGGUUUUGUUCUUCAAAACAUAGUUGAAGACAGUGCUGAGUGCAUGCAAGCAGAAACAUGGGUGAAAAGUAUAAACCAUGGAUCAUCUUUCUUCAUCUACUGAUAAUCGCAUGUUGUAGAGCCAGGGAAUUGGUUGGAAGUGGAACAGAAAACAAAAUCAUGGAAGCAAUCUCUGACGAAAAUCAUGAAACAGUGCACACAGAACAUGCACAUGUUCAUACCCACAUGGAUCACUUGGACCCUUCUGUAAUGGUGUUUCUCACCUUCAAAGAUUUGAAGGUUGGAAAAACAAUGGCGGUUUAUUUUCCAAAGAGGGACCCUGCAACCUCCCCAAAGUUAUGGCCAAGAGAAGAAGCCGAGUCACUCCCUUUCUCAUUGAACCAACUCCCAAACCUCCUCAAAGUCUUCUCUUUUUCUCCAAACUCUCCCCAAGCCAAAGCCAUGGAAGACACCCUCAGGGAAUGUGAAACCAAACCCAUCGAAGGAGAGGUAAAGUUCUGCGCCACCUCUUUAGAAUCCAUGCUUGACUUUGCUCAAACCAUUCUGGGCUUCACACACGAACUUCAAGUUUUCACCACCUCUCACCAAACCAAAUCCAGCGUCACUUUCCAAAACUAUACUUUGGAAAAGAUAGUAGAAAUCCCAGCUUCGAAGAUGGUGGCAUGCCACAACAUGCCUUACCCUUAUGCUGUUUUCUACUGUCACAGCCAAGAAAGUGAGAACAAGAUGUAUAAGGUGGCACUUGGUGGUGAAAACGGGGAUAGGGUGGAAGCUAUGGUUGUUUGUCACAUGGAUACCUCCCAUUGGGGUCAUUCUCAUGUUUCAUUUCAAGUUCUCAAGGUUCAACCAGGAACCACUUCUGUGUGCCACUUUUUCCCAGCAGAUAAUCUCAUCUUCGUUGUUCCCAAACCUCAACAUCACGGUCUUGCAACCAUGUGAUGUGAUUGUGUUGUGCUUACGUUAUGUUUGAUUCCUACAAUAAAUGCUUUGUCUGGAGCUAAUAGUUAAUACAAAACUUGUUAUGGGUAUGUGUAAGUUGUCUACUUCUUAUGAACAAGAGACCAGGCAUGUACAACUACAAGAGUGUAAUAAGUCAUGAAAAAAUACUUAAUAAUCUAUAAUAUACCGAGUUAUAUAGUCCUUUUUGAUGAAAA